AUGAUAGCCAAGAUCAUCCAGAGCCAAGGAGCAUCAAUCUAUGCACUGCUUGGCUCGAGACACUACUGCGUGUGCAUAGACGACUGUUCUUCCAGCAAGUGCAUGUGUGGACAGCUGAGUAUGCGCUGCUGGUAUGACCGGGACCGGGACGUCUACUGCAUCGACGCUCGCUUCUACGGCAACGUCAGCCGCUUCAUCAACCACUUCUGCGAGCCCAACCUCAUCGCUGUGCGAGUCUUCAUGUCCCACCAGGAUCUGCGCUUCCCCAGAAUCGCCUUCUUCAGCAGCAGACACAUAGAGGCCGGGGAAGAAAUCGGGUUUGACUACGGCGAGAGAUUCUGGAACAUUAAAGCCAAAUACUUCAGCUGUCUCUGCGACUCGCCCAAAUGCAGGCACUCGAGCGCUGUCCUGGCUCAGCGGCAGGCUAGUGCGGCGGCGGCAGCGGCCAACGCUGCUGCCACCGCCACCACCACCACCACUGCUGCUGCUUCCUCGCAGGAGCCCCCUGAAAACAGACUCCCGGACACCAGUUCGGCCGCCUUGGCGUCCCCCCCUGCUUUGGGAGGCCUCCCCUGAAGGGGCCGAGCCCCCCUCCCAAGCCAGGCCGUGACUUCGGAAGACGAUGCUUUGCGUCGGUUUCGUUCUGCCCUUUUCCCGGCGAGCCCGCGUCCGCCGUAACAGUUUCCCCUUUUGGGGGUGCGGAUGGUGGCGGCGUGGCAACCCUAACCCGCCUCCUUCUUUCCUUCCUUCCCGCCCUUCCCUCCUUCCCUUCCCUCUCGCGACGUGGCAGGGGGAAGGCAGCCUUGCCGCGGCACACACCGGGGUGGCAGAAGGACGAUUUUUUUUUCUCUCCCUCUUUCUCUCUCUCUCCCUCUUUCUCUCUUUUCCCUCCCCCUCUUUUAAUGUGAUAAGUGUUCUCCAAGCCCCCUCCCCUCCUCGUUGGAAACAAGGAACGUUGAAAUGGCUCGUGAACCCCGUCGGUGAGCGGGGGACAAACUCUGCAGAGAAUCUCGGAGAGUUCCGCCGGCUUUGGCACACAUCCGGGAAAGUUUUUUUUUUUUCCUUCUUUUGCUUGUUGUUGAAUCUUCCCUCCCACCCACUCAUUUGCUGGCUGCCUGGGCUGUGGAAUAGGAGCCCAACCAGUGACCGAGUCCGAUAAAUUCUUGGUUUGUCGCUCCCUCCCCAUCCCGACUCACCCCAGGUCAAGGGAAGCGACCCUCUGGAAUUUCUCCGUUAUACCCCUGUCCUCAGCUAGAGCUGCUCCUUACUUUAUCCCUGCAGCGAUGUUAUUAUUAUUUCUUUUUUUAACCUUUAAUUAUUAUUUUUUCCUUCCCCCACUGCCUCUUCUCUCUCGUGUACAGGAAUCCCGUUUUUCACUGACACUAACUCCAAAUCAAAAGAGGAAACUUUGGCAGAGGGAGGUUGUCGGGAGUGGGGUGCAGCAUCCUUAAGGGGGGGAAAAUUUGAUAUUCUUAGAGACCCCUUUUGGGGGCCGGAGGGGGGGAGCGUUUCUUAAAUCGAUUUUGCAAGCUUCAGGAGAUUAUUAUUAUUUUUUUGUGCCAUUCCUGUUUUCCUCUUUGAAAGCUGCCCGUUUCUUACGACCGAAGUUGGAUCUGACCGAGUUUAUUUUGUAAGGGGGAGGGGUCUACAGCGAGAGGACGAGGGUUGGGGUGUUGAACGGAGGAGUCCCCUUCCUUCUCCUCACUCUCCCAAUCCCUGGCAUCCUCCUCCUCCUCUUCCUCAC